AUGAACGACUUUUUGAAACAACGAGCAGAAAAGGAUCUUGCUGAGUUGAAAAAGCUUAUCGAGAACCAUUUCGCCCAGCGAAAAGAAGAUGAAGCAGUUCUUGCCGAACUCGUCGAAAAAAUGGAGAAACGAAAAGAAGUCCGACAAAAACAAAACGAAGACCGAGCUCAGCGAGAAAAAGAACGCGCUCAGCGAGAACGAGAAGAAAGACAAAAGAAAGACGAGAUCGAAGCAAAGCGAAAACUCGAGGAAGAAGAGAAGAAGAAGGAAGCUUUGGCGGCCAUGUCCAUGAACUACGGCGGCUACUUGGCGAAGCGACAGGAGCAAGCGCGAAACAAACGAGGAGGUGCUGAAAAGGAGAAGAAAAAGAAGAUCCUCGCUGAUCGACGAAAACCACUCAACAUUGACCAUAUGGACAACGAUAAGCUUCAGGCCAAGGCCAAGGAGCUCCACGACUGGCUCGUCGAGUUGGUCAGCUCUAAGGUCGACAUUGAAGUCAACUUGUCUCAAAUCAACUACCACUUGAAAUGCAACCGAUCUCGCUACAACGAUGCUCGUGAUGCAAAAGCUAAAAGCGGCCCACGAAAACGAUAA